AUGGACGAUUGGGAAGAAGACCAGAGCACUGAUGUCAGCACCCCAAGUUUCGGUAGUGGGAACUUAUGGAAGAGUGGGUUUGAUCAAAACAAUAACUUUGAAAGUCACAACGUAACUUGUGUCUCUGUGUUAGAUGAUCAGAGCAGCUCUUGGAAAAGAGGUGGGGGCUUUGGUGGGCAAAGAGGUGGCAGAGGCCGUGGAUCCAGGGGAAGGGGAUUCAGUUCAUUUUCCUCAGGUGUGUUUGAAGGAAAUGAAAAUGGCAGUAAUGAAGAUGAUGGCAGCUCUUGGAACAGCGGAGGAGGAGGUGAUGGGUUCAGAGGAAGAGGAGGCAGAGAGAAUGAUGAAAAUGGGAGUGGUGAUGGUUUUAGAGGUGAUUUUGGGGGCCGAGGGAGCCGUGGAGGAUUCCAACAGGGUGGUGAUCAUGUUGGAAGGGAAGGGUUUGGUGGAGGCGGAGGUUACAGAGGAAGGGAUGAAGAGGUGUUCUCUAAAGGUGUCACCACGGAUGAUGAUGGCCGAGGGGAUGGGGGAAACGCUGCUCCAAAGGUCCUCUAUGUGCCUCCUCCACCUCCAGAGGAAGAGAGCUCUAUAUUUGCCCAUUUCCAAACAGGCAUCAACUUUGACAAGUAUGAUGACAUUCUGGUGGAUGUGAGUGGCAGCAACCCUCCCAGUGCAAUCAUGACAUUUGCAGAAGCAGGAUUGUGUGAAUCCCUGAGCAGGAAUGUCACUAAGUCAGGCUAUACAAAGCCUACUCCGGUGCAGAAACAUGGCAUUCCGAUUAUAUCUGCAGGGAGAGAUCUCAUGGCCUGUGCCCAGACUGGAUCAGGAAAAACUGCAGCGUUCCUGUUGCCCAUCCUGCAGCAGCUAAUGAACGAUGGUGCAGCUGCCAGUAAGUUCAGUGAAUUACAGGAGCCUGAGGCUAUAAUCGUCGCCCCUACCAGGGAGCUCAUCAAUCAGAUCUACCUAGAGGCCCGCAAGUUUGCUCAUGGGACAUGUGUGCGUCCUGUUGUUGUGUAUGGAGGCACAAACACCGGAUAUACCAUUCGGGAGGUGUUGAAAGGCUGUAAUGUAUUGUGUGGAACCCCUGGGAGAUUGCUUGACAUCAUUGGCCGUGGAAAGGUUGGCCUAAGUAAGGUUCGUUACCUGGUUCUGGAUGAAGCUGAUAGAAUGCUGGACAUGGGCUUUGAGCCUGAUGUCCGCAGACUGGUGGGGUCUCCAGGAAUGCCCCCUAAAGAGCAGCGUCAAACACUUAUGUUCAGUGCCACGUACCCAGAGGACAUUCAGAGGCUGGCUGCAGAUUUCCUUAAGGUUGAUUACCUGUUUCUGGCUGUUGGAGUGGUGGGUGGAGCAUGCAGUGAUGUGGAGCAGAGUAUCAUUCAAGUGACACAGUAUUCCAAGAGGGACAAACUGCUGGAACUGUUGAAAACCACAGGAACUGAUCGCACAAUGGUGUUUGUGGAAACAAAGAGGAAGGCUGAUUUUAUAGCAACAGUCCUCUGUCAAGAGAAGUUACCAACCACAAGUAUACAUGGAGACCGGGAACAGAGAGAGCGAGAGCAAGCCCUUGGUGAUUUCCGCUCUGGAAAGUGUCCUGUUCUGGUCGCCACAUCUGUGGCUGCCAGAGGACUGGACAUUGAGCAUGUCCAAAAUGUGGUGAAUUUUGACCUCCCAAACAACAUUGACGAGUAUGUGCAUCGCAUUGGGAGAACAGGCCGCUGUGGGAAUCUUGGGAGAGCUGUGUCUUUUUUUGACCCAGAGGUUGAUACCCCUUUGGCUCGAUCCUUGGUCAAAGUCCUUUCUGGGGCUCAGCAGGAAGUGCCUUCAUGGUUAGAGGAGAUUGCAUUCAGCGCUCAUGGCACCACAGGAUUCAACCCACGUGGGCCAGUCUUUGGCUCCACGGAUACCCGCAAGGGUGGAUCCUUCAAAAGAGAGGAGAUUCAGCAAGGAGCUUUGCAGAGUUGUGCUGCAGACGAUGAUGAGGAGUGGGAAUAAAAGAAGUACACGUCCUGCCUUCUCUGCCUUCCUUUCUUUUAGUUUUUAUUAAGUUUGCUAAGUUCAGGGGGGUUUUUUGGUCUUAAUCUAUAUGUGGACAUCCGUCAAAGUUCUCGCUCUCAUUUGGGGAGAAAACCCAUAUUAUACAGUUCGUAGGUUUGGCUUGAAGUAGCACUCCAUAGAUGAUUGUGAUGGGUAUCCAUCAAGCAUUGUCUUUUGGCUUGAAAUUGUGUUAGAAUCCUCUAAAUGUUUUUCUACUCAUGUCACUGAUUUGUUUUGAAGAAAACUGAAGGUGUGUUGAUUGCUCUGUGUUUUUCUGCAAAGAAAUUGGAAUUGUCAAGUGGUAAAUGUGCACCUGUAUUGUAAUGCCCAGGUACUUUUGUUUCAUGGAGCAUCUACCUCAAUGUUCAUCCUACACAUGACCUUGAUUAGUUCUGUUAUUACUUCAGCUGUAAGUACAAGUUGACGGACUGCGUUAUCUAAACUCUUGAGUGAAAAGCAUAUGGCAAAAAGAAUACCAAUAAUGGAAGAACUUGUUUUGAAAAUGUCAUAC